AAGAAAGUACUCCCCCACCCUUGACUCUCUCUCUGUCUCUCUCGCUUUACCAACUCUGACGUUACUACUACAACUACCCAACAGCAGCACAAACCAUAUAACUCUCUUCCAUGGCAUCACUGGUGGCUACAACAUUCCUUGUCAUCACUCUCACUCUCUUCAUCACCCAAAACGGUGUCGUAAAAGUGGCCGAAGCAACAUGGUGCGUGGCGAGGAGUGACGCCAGCCACCAGGCUCUACAGGCGGCUCUGGACUACGCAUGCGGCUUCGGAGCAGACUGCGGGCCGAUUCAGUCAUCUGGGCUUUGUUACCUUCCUAACACCGUUCAAGCUCACGCUUCCUAUGCCUUCAAUAGCUAUUACCAGCGCCAAGCCAAUGCCCCUGGCAGCUGCGACUUCGCCGGCUCCGCCACCAUUGCCAAAACCGACCCCAGUUAUGGAUCUUGUGUUUAUCCAUCGUCUCCAAGGUAUGAUUCAUUUAUGGGAAAAGAAUUGCUCGUGGACUUGGCCAGGAAGAACAAAACCCUCUUAAACCUAGACGAAUCGGUAGAAUCCAACCGUGCAACGGUUAUUGUAGGACCUCUAAAUUCUCCAUCCUCAAAAUCCAAGACAGAAAUGUCACAAUCUGCAAUCCCAAUAGUGAAAGCAAUUCCCAAAGUCAUCUAG